AUGGGCAUUCGCACAAUGAUGUUCCGAGUAGCAGUCGCCGUUUUUGCCGUAACGACCGCUGCAGCCGCAGGCAAUACGACAGCGAGCCCAAGCUCUGCGGCCAAUUCAACGGCCAGCCCGACCAAGAACACGACAGCGCCAUUGCCGCCGUUUGGCACGAACCACGCCGUGGGCGACGGCACCGGGUGGUUCUUCGACUGGAAGGCGAACGCCUCGGCGGCCAACUACUCCGCCUGGGCUGCGAACCGCACAUUCUACCUCGGCGACUAUCUCAGCUUCAAGACGGACACCGGCAACACGGUGGUGCACACGACGAACGCCACGGUCUACAAGCUCUGCAGCGCCGGCGUCGCGGCGAGCGCUGGCGGCAGCGGGUGGAAGCCGGAGGGGGCGUUCCUCGCCGUGAUGCUCACGGCGGAGGGCGCCAACUACUUCUUCUCGGACGCCUGGAACGGGGAACACUGCCAGAGGGGGAUGCGGUUUCAGGUCAGCGUGGCGCGUGGCGCGUGGCCGCGGUCUCCCGUCGGUGCCGCCGUCGUUCUACGAGCCACUCUCCAGCGCGCCGGCGGGGACGCGGCGCGGAGGGACUGUGGCCGUGGGGGUCGGCCUGCAUCAUCGGGACACAACGUUCAGACUUACAGUGUGGAAGAUUGGGAACGAGAAAAUAUCACUGAAAUAGAACUUUUCAGAAUGCAGUAA